AUGGCAUUAUCGUUCAUCACGAAUUCGACAACGGUGUCUGCUAUUAGAAGUCUUUCUUCGCCAUUCGUCAAGCAGCCAAAUUCGGCUGUUGUUGUUGCGUCAUCCACAGGCCCGACCUUUCUAAAACAUCAAACACACCGAAGAGGAACACCUCUAUCUGAUAAAUCAUCCAGUUCACUAGAAUACGAACAUUUACCACCUCUCACACAUCCAUCCAAUGCAGUUUUUCGACACUAUCAAAAGCGAGGACAACCAUCGACGUAUGGUUUUCAGUUAAACAAUGAUAUAUCUUCUCCACCAGUUUCGAACAAAAACCAGUACGUUCCGAAAACAAUGAAUACAACAACUACAAUUAAAAAGCCAGCAAAUGGCGAAACUACCUUGCCGAAUGAAGCAGGAACUCCUCGUCGCAAAAAGAAAACUUCUCGUGAAAGUCAUCGACAGCCUCGCAGACUCUGGUGGUCACCUAAACGUAAUCAUAUUGAGAUUCGUUCCGAAGAUGUUGAUCAUUAUUACAAUGCCUCAUCGAAAGUUGGAUCACUAGACAAUCUCGAUUAUCGAUCGACCGGUGGUCAAAUCUCGAUACGAGAUGAGCCCGUCAAGUGGCAAGCACAAUCGAAAAUUCGAUCUUUCGAGAACAUUGAGUAUCGACCUAGUGGUGGACAAGUUUCCAUACGUGACGAACCUGUUACUUGGCAAGCUCAGUCGAAGAUUCGGUCUUUUGACAAUAUCGAUUAUCGACCUAGCGGCGGACAAGUCUCCAUACGUGACGAACCUGUGACCUGGCAAUCACAAUCAAAAAUUCGAUCUUUAGACAAUAUUGACUAUCGGCCCAGUGGUGGACAAAUUUCGAUACGUGACGAGCCUGUGGCUUGGCAAGCACAGUCAAAAGUAGGCUCUUUAGACAAUGUUGAUUAUCGACCAAGUGGUGGACAAGUCUCCAUACGCGAUGAACCCUUACGUUGGCAUGCACAAUCUAAAGUAGACUCUUUGUCGAACGCAAACUGGACUGUAAAUCCAUCGCGUGUUGCUAUAAGAUCGGAACGAGUUCAAUGGAAUGCGGAAUCGAAAGUAGGCUCAAUGAUGAAUAUGGAUUAUAGACCAGCGGGUGGCGAUGUCGCAAUUCGUGAUGACAGAAUGGAUCUUAGCCAUGUAACGCCACGUGUGGACUGUGGAUUUAUUGAAUAA